AUGCGUUUGGCCAUGAAGGAACAAGGGGAUAGGGAGCAAGAAAUGUUCGAAAUUAAUUUGUUGAUGGAGGACCUCGACCAAUACACUUCAGAGAGGAAGAAAUACUUACAUGACGACUCGGUCCUCUUUGGGAAUGCUACGGUUGAGGAGGCCCAAGGUGUGGCAGAUAUCCUGAAUGUGUAUGCUAGCGGAUCUGGGCAGGAGAUUAAUAUGUCCAAGAGCUCGAUUUUCUUUGGAACUUCGACUUCUAAGAGGACCAAGAAGAGAAUAGGGGAUACGCUGGGGAUACCAUAUAAGGAUGGUUUCGGGAAGUACCUUGGUCUGCAGGCUGAUUUUGGACUCUCCAAAAAAGCUGUCUUCGCGGAGAUUCGGGAUAAGAUUGAAGCCAGGUUAGCUGGUUGGUCGGAGCAAUUCCUAUCCCAAGCUGGAAAGGAAGUCCUGGUAAAGGCAGUUGCUAUGGCUUUGCCAAACUUUGCCAUGAGCUGCUUCAAACUCCCCAUUGGGGUCUGUAGGGAUGUAGAGAAAGCAAUCCGGAGCUACUGGUGGAGAGGCAAUGAUCAGAGAAGGGGUAUGUCAUUGGAUUUCAUGGGAUCGACUAAUGAAACAAAAAUUGGUUGGUGGUUUGGGGUUUAA